AUGACAAAGUUAUCGAUUAAAGAUUUUUAUAAUGAUAAAACACUAUUACUGACCGGUAUCACCGGUUUUGUUGGUAAAGUUUUACUUGAAAAACUUUUACGAGAAUUUUCAACAUCAUUAAAAUGUAUCUAUGUAUUGAUUCGAGAAAAAAAAUCUCAAACACCUGAACAACGAUUGGCUCAAUUAUUUUUCCAAUCACCGAUAUUUGAACCACAUAAAGACAAAAUUGAUCUUGUUCAUGCAAUCAAUGGUGAUAUUACUGCUAAAGGCAUGGCAUUAUCCGAAAAUGAUCGUCGAAAAUUGAUUGAUGAAGUGAAUAUCGUAUUUCAUUCUGCUGCAACUGUUAAUUUUACCGGCAUUUUUGAAAAAUUUAUUCAACAAAAUAUUGAUGGCACAAAUUCAAUGCUGCAAUUGUGUCAGAAAAUGAUUCAUCUUCAAUCGAUUGUUUAUGUUUCGACGGCUUAUGGUCAUCAUUCAUUACUUGGCCGACCUAAUCCAUAUACUUUAUCAAAAUCGAUCACUGAAUGGAUGAUUCAAGAACGAUAUCCAUCACUUCCUAUUAUAAUUUGCCGCCCUUCAAUUGUGAGCAAUUCUUUCAGAGAACCAAUACCAGGUUGGUGUGAUUCAUUAGCCGGUUGCGCUGGUGCAGUCAUUUUGACUUCACUUGGUAUCGCUCGUUCAUUUAUAUUCGAUGUUAAUUGCAAGGCUGACAUAAUACCAGUGGACAUGGUGGUCAAUUCGUUGAUAAUUUCUGCUGCAUAUCGAGCAUCAUCAUUGUUUACUCACGAUAAACAAGUUAUUCAUGUAACUUUGGGACAAAAUCAGAUUACAUGGGGUGAAUUUUUCAAUAUGACAAUCAAUCUUUCCGAUACACUACCACCAAUGAAAUUGAUUCGACCAAUCAAACUGCAUGGUUGUCGACGUUAUAUAUUGAAAGAUCCUGAUUCAACAUUAAAAAUGGCCAUUAAUCGUCAACAUCGGAUUAAAUAUAUAUUGAUUACGAUGAAAAUAAUUGUCACUUUAUUCUGUUAUUGGCUAAUACGAUCACCAUUGCAUUUGGUGGAUAUCUUUUAUUCAUACAUUGUAGAUUUGUCAGUUUGUAUUGGCAUUGUUUUGUAUUUCUUAAAUUUUUAUGGCUAA